GUUCAAGUACUCGCGCUGCAGAGCUUGGAUACUCCAAUGGACGGAAUCAUACCCACCUCUGACUCGACUGCAAAUGGGCCUUUGAUGCGAUGGACAGUGCAUGUCGAAGUCCGCCUCGCGCCGAAGUCAAGAAGAAGAGUGGACAUCAUCCAGAACCUUGUACGAGAGUUCAUCCAAUCCUCAUAUGAGCGUCUUUCUCUCCCCUCUGUUCUGCAUGGCUGGGAUGUCGACUCCGCACUGGCGUCUUCCGUCGAACGCAUCGUAGUAGCCGAAUCUUCUUGUCCCGCCAAUUCUCUCCCCCUGGACGAACUGUCCCUGCAGAUUCAUACGUACCAGCCUUCAGAGUCUGACAUUGUCGAGGAAUAUUCCAAUGGCACAGAUGCCGAGGGUGCCGAUCAGGUCCAUGCCGCCAGCGUAUGUGAGCUCCCGUGUAAAUCGUGGGAGGGCCUUUGGGACAGUCUGUACUACCCAGACAAUAUUAAACUCAAGCUUCUGGACUAUAUACACGCCACCUUUGUCCUGAGCGACGCCAAUAUCGACUUCAAUCUGGUUUCUUGGAAUAGAGUCGUACUGCUCCAUGGCCCUCCAGGAACCGGAAAAACCUCCCUUUGCCGCGCAUUGGCACAGAAACUGUCGAUACGACUGUCGCAUCGUUAUACCCAAGCCCGGUUACUCGAGAUUAAUUCGCAUUCUUUGUUCUCGCGAUGGUUCUCUGAGUCGGGAAAGCUCGUGCAACGCCUGUUCAACAACAUCGCAGAAAUGGUCGACGACGAAGACUGCUUCGUUGUGGUUCUCAUAGAUGAAGUCGAAUCCUUGACGGCAGCUAGGGCGGGAGCGAUGGCCGGAACUGAACCAUCCGACGGUUUACGAGUAGUCAACGCUCUCCUUACACAGCUUGACAAGCUCAAGCGUCGGAAGAAUGUUCUCGUGAUGUCGACCAGCAAUCUUGCAAAAGCGAUAGACUCUGCUUUUGUGGACCGUGCGGACAUCGUCCAAUACGUGGGCAUGCCUCCUCGCCAAGCAAUAUAUGAGAUCCUGCGGAGUGCCCUGUGCGAAUUCGUCGCCAAGGGGUUGCUGCAGCAUGUAAUUGUCCCGUCGUUGGAGGAUGCGAUCUUUGUAGAAGAAAAUACCUGGUGUACUGACGGCCACUCAUCGAGCGAUACCACGGCAUCGCUACGCGCUGAGCAAGAGAGGAUAGGCAGAGCGCUGCUAAAGCUUGCUGAUAUGUGUCGGGAACAGGGCCUUUCUGGUCGUGCUCUCCGCCGACUACCUGUGCUUGCACUUGCUCAGUACAUUGGAGGAGUGAGUGUUUCCAGAAGCACCGCAUCUCCAGGUGUGAUGUCACCCAACGGAUCUCAAGCUGAUAUUUGCGUAUGGUUGGACGCGAUGAACAAAGUAGUUAGUGACCGUGCCAUCGACCAGGGAAAAUUGCAGUAGACUUGCUGGUUGUACGACAGUUGCAAAUUCGCAUCCGUGAUGUCAGGGUCUGGAACUCAACGCAUUCCGGUCCAUUAAUGAUACAUAAAAUACUCGAACCUUCCCACCCGCCGCCGGGGCACGGCUUACCGACCCUCGUGCCUGCUCUUGAGUGCCAGCUGAGUUCAGCUCUCACGGUAUGAAGGGUCAA